GCUGCAACACUCAUACUGCAGUCAUCAUCUAUCACUGGAGCAUUAUUCUACUCUAUUCUAUUCUUUUCUUUAGUAAAUAUGAUGCUAAGGGGUCACACAGGUGGAUGGUCUCUUUUCUUCCUGGCUGCCGUUAUUCCAAGUGUCCACCUCCAGAGAAAUGACAGCUCCAUCCAGACUGCCUCUGACUCUGAGCUGCCCUCUGAGGCUCAGAUCUACCAGCCGGUGUUGCAGCCCUCUGAGGCCGUUCCUCCGAUAGGGACCUACAUCCUGAAAAACGUUUUUGGGAAACCGUGCGUCAAAGCCACCAUGGGAGCAGAGUACAUUGUCAUCGACAAGAAGAAGACUUGGUAUUUCAACCUGGACCCCUCCAGAGUCAGCAUCAGUGGUUACUGUGGCAACAAAGCUGCUGCUCUCCAUCUCAUGCUGCCAGACAACGCUGCCAGUCUGCAGUUCACCUUCAAAAAGGAAAAUAAUCUUGUCUACGUCAACCAGCUGACUGCUCAUGUGUCUCCUCUGCCUGUCUGCCAAGGAUGUGCCAAUAAGACUUACUCAGGUUUGGUGGCCCAUGACAAGCUGUUCGUAGCACCUGAUGAUCAGAGCUUCAUGUGCAAAUCUGGGAAAGUGCUUGUGAUGUCGUCGGAGCUGAGGAUCAAGCUGGUUCCUCUGCAGGUGCAGGCCUUCACUCUGCCCAACGGACGGUAUGGAAAAGAGGUGGAGUGUUGUGCCGACUUUAACAAGCAAAUUAUUCCCAUCAUCUUUGGGGCCGUAGUGGUGGGUCUCAUUCUGAUCGCUGUGAUGACAUCCCUGUUCAUCAAAGACCGCCGCAGAGACAGAUACGAACGGCUCUGAGCGCGUUGUGAAACUGGAUGGAGAUUUCCUCCAUCUGAAAGAAUAUUUCAUACUCACUUACUUUUACGAAAAGUUCUCAAAAUUGCUCUCCUUAACAUAAAUGUACGUUUUUCCUCCUGGAAUUUUUCUAAUAAUAAAAAAAGAGGUCUCAUGUCUAAUAUUAUAACUAUAACUGCAAACAAUGUGUUACAUUUAUUUAUUUGAAUAUUUGAUUUUUUUAUUAUUGUUUUCUGUUUUCCAUUGAUAGCCUUUUGUUCACUGCUGUGUGUUGUAAUACUCUGAUUUGUUGCAUAUUCAACAUUUAUUUGAUAAAAAGGAAGUGGACUGAAAAUUUGUUAAAGAGCCUUUAAUUGCACUAGCAAUAUAUAUGAACUAGACUGUAUAAUGUGAUUUAUUAUAACAAUAUAACACUUGCACCUAUAUGACAGAGUACUGCAGAAUGAUUUGGAGCAUCAUUACCUAUUCUAAGUUAGUUUUGGCUGGAUAUAGUGAGAAAUAAGACGUUUUUUUGAAUGAAAUAUAUUUUGUUUUUACCUGCAAAGGUAAUACAUUACUCAAACAUAUUAUAGUGUAGCCAGUUUGGAUGUUGAAUGCUUAAUUUUUUCAACUAAUAUAGAUUCAAGAUUCAAGAUUCAAGAUGUUUAUUGUCACACCGGAUAUACGAGUACAAUCGUGUGAAAUACUUUUUGC